AUGCCAGCGCACAAGGAAGGCAUGAUACAAACGGCAGGCGCGGGAUUCAAGGAAGGACUGGAAGGACUUUCUGUAGGGAAGGAACUCAGCCGCAGGCCGGACGACGACGUCUGGGUGCAUCGCAAGGCUCUCCAAAAUAAGGCCGAAACGGUCGCCAGAACGAAAACGGUCAAAUGUCGCCAAUGCGCCAUGCGUCCUCCGUAUGUGCGGUGA